AUACCGAAAGGCAUGAAGUAUAGUUUAAGCUUGUUGGAUCUUUUUCAUAAACUUUUAUAUGCAGCAUUUGGAUAAUCUGGAAAACUUGAAACUGCCAGCGUUUUUCUUGAAGUUAACCGUUAUACACAAGAUGUCAUCGUCUGCCAAUAGUUACCAAUUUUCGGGAAAGAUCUUUACUUCAAGAGCACAGCAGAAUACAGCCGUUAUGAUAGCGGUUUUAUUCGGACUGAACAAACUGUAUGACUGUGUUUUCAUAAUAUUCCAAAUUGUUCUCUACAUAUACAAAGGUUUACGUUUGCCAUAUGAACCAAGUGAUAUCGGUCUGGAAGCAGCGUUGCUGGCAGUAUUGCUAAUCCUCGAUGCACUGCGAUUUGCUUUUGGAACCAGAGGCUAUCUUACGCAAAAAACCGCUUCGCUUAGUUUAGCGUUUUUACUAACUCCAGCGGCUCUUCUAAUCGGGCUACAUGUAAUGUUCUGGCAGACAUACGUGACCUUCGCGGAUUAUGUUCUGGGAGCAAUUUUAAUUGCCAUCCACUCAGCUGAAUUACUGGCUUUAUUAUUAGCGAUUCUUCUAUGUGCAUCGCGCCGAAGUUUGCCUUCCGGAUAAUGACUCCGAGGUCCGGCCCGUGACCUUUACAUUUGAUUGUGAUAAACUGCAAGAAGAACCAGCAGUGUUUUAUAAUAGCCUGGUGGCAUGGUGUUUUGUCUCUUUGUUCCAUAACUGCGAUUCAAUGAAAUCGUGUUUUGUGAAAUGAUUUGUGGAUACUUUAUUUAUAAAGUGACGGCACGUUGUUAUUAUGCUUUACUUGAGAGCCACUUGCAUCAGCCGUGCUUAAAAUUAUGGCUUAAAAUUAUUGGUUGUACGCUUAUUUAGCUGUAAGCUGUAUUGUACACAGUGUACAGCAUGCAUGAUUGCUGCAUCAUCAGCAACCCGGUAAUGAUAUGAUUAACAUUUUAUCGUUACUGAUUUGCAAACUUUAUUACAAAAUUGGCCAGUACGUUACUCCGUUUGCUGAAUCGCGCGCAUGACUGUCUGCAUUUGAUUGAUCUACAAAAUUGUACAUACACAUUUUCAAAAAAGUGUUUGUUUGUUCUUUACUUACGUUAG